AUGGCCGGAACGAACGAAGGUUUGGCCGAUGUCGAAGAUAUCUCGGGUAAGAACACUCUCCAUGCCGAUGAAAUCUCGGAUGACAAAAGCGUGCAACAACUCUUGGAUGAGAAGAACCGUCUCUUUCUGGAAGAUCCUUCCACCCUCGUGAGAAUGGGCAAGACAGGCGUGUUCUGGGACGCCGUGGCUUAUCCAUUCCCUGUUGAUCUGACUCCUGAUGCUAUCUAUGAAAAAAUAGAGUCAGCUCUUCGUGAUUGUGAGGGUGAGGAUGAGGAUUGGGAUUAUAUGGGUGAAAAAUCAAUCUGGGUCUAUGUUGAUGACAAAGGGGAUUAUCCGAAAAAUAAGACUUGGGAAUCCAGAAUCUACUUCCUUCCCGGAGGGGAUAAUAAACACAAGAGACUUAACAGAAUGCUCCAUGACAUCCAUUUAUGGGGAAUGGACUUUCCUGUGGCCCAUCCUCGUCCAUCAACUUUGGUCAUAGUAUCGGAUCAAGUCAGAGGUGACUUGUUUUUCCGCCGGAUGCUUAAACAUUUUAUUACGAGAGGUUUCCAUGUUUACUUAGCAACUCAGCCUGGGAGCUACCAACCAGAAGAGGAAGUUGAAUGGCCUGCAUCGCUAUUAGCUGUUCUCUACUCUUUUCGUGAGAAAGGGAACGUUCGGCUCAACAAACCUCACAACAUAAAGAAGAUUGAUGCUACUCGAGAUGGCAAAGAUGGGGGAGAUAAGUGUUUCCAUAUCGAAGAUUUCUCCGCCGUCGUAAAAGGGGGUCAGCUAGGCGUGAUAUGGUACAGCUUGCCCAGAAAGAGUGAAGAUUUCUACUGUUCUGAGAGGCAAAUAAGUGUCUUCUGGAACGUGAAGCAGUGCCCAAUCCCUUCUAGUGAGAGGCUUCCUUCUGUUAUUCGUAAUAUCAAAUCAGCUGUUUAUGAAAUGGGCUUUCAUACUCCGGUGAUAAUCUAUGCGUAUGGUGACACGCUUGACCAAGGAGAUGCCUUUGACAAAACUGGAAUUUGUUACGCAGUAGAAGAUGAACACCAGCGAAGUCUCCCAAUCGCAAAAACACUUGAUUAUGCUGAAAUGGCUGUGGACCUUAUUCUUCUCUCAACACCGAGCUAUGAGGAGCCAGCAAUUUUAGUGGUAAUCGCAAAUCCAGACGCAGAUAGCGAGUUGCAGAGGGUGCUCAAGUGUUUGCAAGCGAGAAAUCACGAUGUUUUCGUAGUAAAGCAGCCUGUUGAUGGCAGUGGUCUAUUUGACUCUGCGGAGUCAAUAGUUAAUAACACUCAACGUUUAGUUGGAGGAGAGCACAGCAAGCCGACUUGCCGUUGCAGAUCUUAUUAG